AUGUCUUUCCUACGAAAUUUCUUCGGCACAACACCAACAAAAGAACCAGAAGAUGCCAAAGAAGCAAAAACCCCAGUCCGAGCCCUCCCAGCCUCAUGGUACACCUCGAAAGAAAUGUACCAACUCGAACGCCGCGCCAUCUUCUCCCGAAAAUGGCUCUUAACCACCCACAAACACCGUCUCCCAACCCCGGGUACCUCGAUCCUCUAUUCCGCCGCCGACUACGACUUCACCGUAGCAAACACCAACGGCACCAUCACCGUCACCCACGACAACAGACCCGCCCACGUGCACAUCGACCGAAACGGCUUCAUCUGGGUAAACCUCGACGCCAGCGAAAUCCCCGAGGUAGCCUGGGAUGACGAUUUCGCGGGCGUCGACGAGCAACCCCGUUUCCAGCACUACAAUUUCGAUGACUACGUCUUCGAUCAUACCUGGGACCAGGAGGGAGAGUUCAACUGGAAGAUUUUGGCUGAUAACUACAAUGAGUGUUAUCACUGCCAAGUUGCCCAUCCGGAUAUCCCGACUAUUGCGGAUCUCAAUUCGUAUUAUGUUAAGACUGAGGCGGGUCAUAUUCAGCACUAUGGUGCGCAGCGCGAUGAUCAGAUUGCAAAGGGGUUCAGAAUUGCUACGACGUAUUUCUGGCCGAAUGCUUCGUUUAAUAUCUCUCCAAACUUCUUCUUCAUGCAGCGCUUCACACCUACCGGACCAACCUCCUGUGUCAUGCGCUAUGAAGUCUACAGACACAAGGAGGCGACGGAUGAAGCGUUUAAUCUGAUCAGUGAUAUGUAUAAGCGGAUCAUGUCGGAGGACAAGUAUUUGUGUGUGCAUUCGCAGAAGAAUCUCAAUGCCGGGAUUUUUGUGAAUGGGGAGCUGCAUCCUGAGAUGGAGAAGGGGCCUUUGCACUUCCAGAAGACGGUUAGGGAGGUUGUUGUGGAGCACUUUGAGAAGGAGACGGCUGUUGGACAUCAGAUUUGGCCUGCUGUUCGGGAGACUGAGGCUGAGGUUGAGACUGAGACUGAGAAAGACGAGAAUGUGUACUCUCUUGGUACUGGAGGGUAUACGGCGCGGAUUGAUGCUUUCAAGGAUUCUAUGGGGUCUGGGCUUUCGACUGUUACGGCGAUUGCUGUUUAG